GAUCGGUAACACCUGCGACGAUUACCUGAGCAAACUAUUUAUGGAAACAAAAUGGCCGAUUCAAUUUGAUUUGUCGAGUGAAUAUAUCCGUGUUGCAAAUCUCUGUUUACGUUGAGAAGAUCAGUUCAGAUGUUUGUAUGACACGACUGUAGGUGAUUCUUGUUGCCAUGGCAAUCCUGCAUUGUCGAGCAGUGAUGGGCGUCAGCGUCUAUGUGUUCCUGGCAACAUUGGUGAGCUGUGGAGGCCAGAUCCAAGAAGACAACCUCAGUUUCUAUUUGGACAGCCGGGUGAACUGUAAGGGACAGAUGUACGACUUGUCAAAACGUCGUGCCUACAUCUAUGGGACGGGAGGGCGUGAGUCCUCGGCUCCGAUGACUGCCUGCUACUUGAGUCUCAAGUCCGAGAUUGAUGUGAUAGCCGCCAAGACCGUACUGCAGAUCGAAGUAACCAAACUCAAGAUCUACGACUGCGAUGUGUCACUGACCAUCUAUGAUGGCGGGAGAGAACAGCUUAUCAUUGAUUCAUAUGACUGUAACACAGGCAAGAACAGAGUUACCCUGUUAACCACGGGCAACCGGGUGACGUUUGUCUUGAAGAGAAGAGACGUCCAAACCUCUGAAACCCAGUAUGACAUGGAGCUAAUUGUCACCCCCCUGUUUACUGGUCGAGACCCUGACCCUGGUGCUCCAGGCAGUGGAGGAAGUGAUGAGUAUAUACGAUUUGAGAAGCGGAUUCCAACAGAGGCCAUCAUUGGCAUUGUCGGGGGCCUGCUGGUUAUCACGGUAAUCAUCAUUGUCAUCGUCACUGUGAAGUGUUACCGCAAGCACCAUGGCGACGACAAGCCGUGGGUGGAGCACAACAAGCUGGCGUACAUCAACAUGGGCGUGGCCGAGGAACCGAAGUCCGCCAAUCACUCCUCUACAAGGCUGUGGGCGUCGCAGAACUCCAGGAGGGCGGUGUCAAAUGAAGAUUACCUGAGGAGACCACCAAGUUAUGAAGACAGUGUUUUCGAAGAUGCAGAAACACUUCCGAGGAAGCGCCCUGUGUAUGACGACCACGACAGACGAUCAGGAUAUGACCACCGUUCAGAUCACCCAGCCGCCCGUGACCGCCAGUACCGUCCACGUGAUGACUCGUUUGUCCAGGCUGACGACGACCACCCCCAGGACUCGUACCAGGAGAAGGUGAUCUGCCCCCGCGUGAAGACCGCGCCCAGGAGGUGGGUGGUGGAGAACCACGAUGACGACGAGGAUGAUGAUGAUGAUGAACCACCGCAGAGAAGGAACCACUGGGCAGAAGCUGGAAGUGCUGAUGAGGAAGAGGAAGAGGAGGCAGCGGCUCAGAAGGAUGAAUCUGAAGAAGAGGAAGAAGAAGCAGAAACUGAAGAAAGUGAGGCAGAAUCGGAGGAAGAGGAUGAAGAGCCGCAAACAGGAAAUCAACAGGCUGCUCCUAGAACCAGCGUCCCUGGUCCACCUGCUCAAAACGCCCAGCUCACUGGACAGCCUCAGAUGUUUCUUCCCCAGGGCAGACUCCCACCAGUCCAGAUGCCACCGAACAUGAUGAUGAGAGCACCAGCUCCCCAGUAUGUCAUCUACCCAGUCCCGGUCGGUCCGAACCAGUUCCAGCCAGUCAAUCCUGGAGCACCGGUCCAACGGGAACAAAGGAAACCACCUUCUCCCAAAAUGACAUCCCGAGACCCUCCCACAUACUCUCAUCUCGUUCGAAGGGGUUACGACCCUCAGGGGGGCAGGAACUCCCCUGCUGGCAGAUCUACCCCUGGAACACAUGGGUCAGACCCUCGACUUCAUAGGAGUGGUGAGUCUGAGCUGUCGGAGCCAAGUCUAACAAGUGGUGUGGAGUUGAUGAGAAGAUGAGGAGGAGGAGAAGAGUUGAUUGUGUUAUGGUAGUUGGUAAACACUCAAAGAUGAUGGGAGGGUGCAGGGAAGUCACCAUCACUAUGUCAAAUUAAUGGAUUCACACACUGAAUUUGUGCUAUGUUUACGAGUGGUGAACUGGAUUGAAAAUAUGUGCAGACCAGGGGUGGGGAAAAAUAAAAUUGUCAAUCGG